UGUUCGAUUUUUGAAUAAGCAACAAACUUCACUCUGCUUCGCAAACUUCCGCAGAAAUGCAGAAAAAUCACGAGAAAAACAAAAACGCUAUCGUGCCCGUGUUGAGAAGGUGCAGCAAAAUUACUGGGAACAAAUGUGCCAAACUUUGUGACUGAUUAUCCAUGAAAUGUAAGGAACCAAAUAGUUGAAGGUACAAUGCAAGAAGACGUAUUUCCGGCCGCUGAGAAAAUUCUUUCCGACAUCGAGAAUGUUUUGAAGAAGGAUCCCAAUCUUGUCAGUUUCGAGAUAAUUCCGGCGGAAGAUAACAAAAACAAAUCUCCAGUUUUUCAUGACGAAAACUCCCUGGGUCUGGCCUCCUGGAGCGUUCAGCCUCUCUUCUCUUACGCGUACAACCGGCUUCUAGAUCUCCGACAAAACAAACACAGAAGAGAAGAUUCAGGAACAGUUUCAAAAUGGCUACUAGGCGUCCUUCUCCUCAACCCAGACAUAUCCACUUUCUGGAAUAUGAAACGCGAACUCGUAAAAAGCGGAAGAUUAGAUCCAAUGCAGGAACUUGGAUUUGCAAGCAUAGUCCUCUACUACAAAUCCAAGUGUUUCGAGGCCUUUGCUUAUCGCCGUUGGCUGGUAAAAUUCAUACUUAUGGAGUCGACUCAUUCGGUGAAUGUCGAUUCCAUCUUAAGGAACGAAUUCAAAGUCGCCGCGAUGGCAGCUGAUAGAUAUGCCAACAAUUGCCACGCCUGGAGUCAUCGAGAAUAUGCACUUGGUCUUUUUGAAACCUUGGCUCCAGAAGAUCUCAACCCUCUUCUUCAGACAGAAUGGGAAGAGUCGAGUAACUGGUGCAAUCGGCACGUGUCUGAUUACAGUGGGUUCGCCUACAGACAAUUUUUGCUCAAAAAACUGCUUCUUUAUCGUCGAAAUAGAGAGGAAGGCGCUCCUUCCCCAGAGAGGGUUGCUAAAAGUCGAGAACUUGUUUUCAAAUUUGCCAAAGCUGGCACGAGAGGUUGCAAUGACGUCUUUCUCUUGUUCGACGGAUCGAGCGACCAAGUCCUGGACCUGAUGCACGAUUCGGAAAAUGAAAAAAGGGUCUCGGAUUACGAACAGUGUUUAAUAAAUCUCUCCUACUGGGCAGAAGAAUGCAUGUUAAACGAGGACCUCAUCAUUUCCUUUCCAGGACACGAGGCUCUCUGGUGCCAUCGGAGGUUUCUGGCUUACUCGCUUCUCGCCCUUCAAACUUCCUACAAAAAGUAUUCCUACUACAAAUCCGAAAAUUUUGACCCCUGUCAAGGGAUAAGGCCUCGGAUAGAAAUAAACAGAAGCAGAACUGUAGACAGUGCCUCAGUAUCUAAAGGACUUCUUGAGUUGGCGUUCCGCAACCACAACCAUGACGUCAUCGCCCUCGCGAAAAAGUCUGGAAACCAUCAGCACUCAUUGGCGGAAAAGUUCAUCAAGUAUCUUAAAUUCAUUGACUUGGAACUUUAAGCCGCCAGGUCGCAAAGUCGUAUUUUUAAAUAAGCUUCUAGACACGAGUGACGAGAAUUAUAUUUGUAGAUAGGCUGGGACGCUUCUGGAUACGAAUUCCUACCUUAUCGACUUCUUGAAUAAGUUUCCAGAAUUUUCUUAAAGAGUCCCGAUGACGUAAUAAAACUAUAUAUAACGCAGUUGAAAAUGCGAGGACAAAUAAAAAUAUUUUGUAAAUUUUUAGUAGAGUUGAUAAAUAAUCUGAAGCUCUUUAGGUAAAAUUUGUUUUUCGCUAUUGCGGUUGUUGGAAAGCUUCUGCGGUUCAUUUCCAUGCUAAGUUUCUAGAAUCUUCUCAAACAGUCCCAGUGAUAAAAUAAAACUACAUAACGCAAUUGAAAAUUCAAGGAUAAAUAAAACUAUCUUGUAAAUAUUUAGUGGAAUUGAUAAAUAAUCUGAAGCUCUUUACGCAAAAUUUAUUUCUCGCAAUGGAGAUUGUUUGAAAGCUUCUGCGGUUCAUGCCCGUGAUAAGUUUUUAGAAUCUUUUCAAAAGUCCCGAUGGUGUAAUAAAACUAUAUAACGCAGUUGAAGAUGCAAGGAAAUAUAAAAAUAUCUUGUGAAUGUCCAAUGAAAUUAAUAAAUAAUCUGAAACUCUUCACGCAAAAUUUGUUUCUCGCAAUUGCGCAAAAUAAUUUUAUAAGUUCGGAACUCUAAGAAGAUUCUAGAAACUUAGAACGCACAUGAACCUCAAAAACUUUCGAAUGCUCUCGAAGUCGAUACGGUAGGAACUUGUUUCCAGAACCGAACCCUAUCUACUUAUAUUUCAAUUAUAAAUAUUUGUAGAUAGUCAACGACUCCUCCGCCCCACUAAUCGAAGUAUUUGAUUAGAAUAAUGUUUGUCAAUAAAGUAGAAGUUGAAGGAGAGAUA